ACAGCGUCGCUUGCAUCGCCGGUCGAUUUUCUGGUGCAGGAUAGAGCAAGAAAGCUCCGUCCUUUCUCCCCUUCCGCUUGAGUCAGGAAGAUAUGUUAGACACCAAGGUAAAUCCAACCAAAAAUAAGUCCACUGGACUCCCUAGAAAACGUUUUUACCGAGCACGAGCACACAGCAACCCAUUGAGUGAUUCGCACUUCCCAGUUCCCAUUUCGCCUAGCCAUGUUGAAUAUUCACUUCACUACCCUCAAUUCUUCCCUUCAUCAGAGGAGGUAGAGGGUUCCAAAAAGAUCCAAUUUGCAGAUAUUGGAUGUGGUUUUGGAGGGCUUCUGAUUAGUCUAUCAACCCUUUUCCCCGAAACGUUAAUGAUUGGAAUGGAACUUAGGGAUAAAGUAACAGAAUAUGUGAAGGAAAGGAUUUCAGGGUUAAGGGUGGCAAAUCCGGGUCAAUACCAGAAUAUCUCAGUUGUUCGGACCAAUUCCAUGAAGUACAUUCCCAAUUUCUUUGAGAAAGGACAGCUUUCAAAGAUGUUUUUCCUGUUUCCUGAUCCUCAUUUUAAAGAGAAGAAUCAUCGUCGUAGAGUGAUCAGUCCCCACUUGUUAGAUGAGUAUGCUUAUGUUCUUCAGGCUGGUGGGAUUAUAUACACUAUUACAGAUGUGGAAGAACUUGGAGAAUGGAUGAAGACUUGCUUGGAGAAUCACCCGUUGUUUGAGGCCCUCACAGAACAAGAGCUUGAGGCAGAUCCGGUAGUAAAACUCUUGAGUUCUGCAACUGAAGAAGGACAAAAGGUUGCUCGCAAUGGGGGGCAGACAUACCAAGCAGUUUUCAGACGCAUUUUGUCAGCUUCAUGAGAGAGAACCUGGCAUGCUUAAGGUUAGUUGAGCCAACUGAUUAUCCAUCAAUCAGAUUUUGUUGGAACUUUUGUUAAGGGUUCCAGAUACUGUUUUUUAUUUUAUAUAUACCAUGUUUGUCAGGCAUUAAUUGCUUUUAGGAUGUUAAUUAUGGUCUAGCUGCAUGACCAAUUUUAUGCCAAAAUUGAUCGGAAAGAAACAAACAAAUUGUUGUGACACAUACGCUGAUCUUCUGGAUAUGUUGUUGCCUCUUGGCAUUUUUGUUGCUGCAUUUUCCAUUUGUAUUUCUAUUAAUUAUAGAACUGAAUUGUUUGUUUUGAGCUUGAGAACUAUGUAU